AAUGCAUAUUGUGAAACGCCAGUAUAUAUAUAUAUGUGUGUGUGUGUGUGAAACUUAUCCUCAUUCAAGUUGAAGAAUGUUAAUGAAAAAAAUGUUUUAAAUCUAAUUACCGAUUUUAACAAAAAAAGAAUAAUAAAUGAAAAAUUGAAAAAAGGAUGUCUUACAUUUUGUCUACCCUUUUCGAAUGUGCAUUUCGAGGUGAUUCAGAGAGGGGUCGUGUGUGUGUGUGUGCCAAAAGUGUCUGUGGUUCCAUUAUCAAAGUCUCUGCUUACAGGCCCCGUGUGGCUGUUGUGUGGAAGCUCCUGAUCAUCCUUACCUGAGGGAAUUCGUCGCUGGUGGUAUCCAUUUCCCAAACAAAGGAGGAGUAUUCUCAAAGAUAUUGGAAAAAUUCUUCAUUUCAAUAAAGGUUAAGAAAAAGAAACACCCACGAGACUUAAUGAAUGCAAAAGCGAAAACCGCACAGCCAGCAACUAAGAAGGGUUUUUUAACGUCAUCAACAUCGUCAUUCCUCACCAAAAGAUAAGACAGACAAAAGAAGGCAAACCUUGAAAGUGUCAUUCGUGUUGCACUAAACUCAGCACCGAGAUCCUGCAGCAUUUUACCAACUGACGGAGCAAGCAGCCAUCAGAAAAACCAUUAUAGCCUCAAAUGGGGAUGACAAGACAAAUGCUCGAAAUAAAUUCUAAAAAAGAGUAAUCCAACACGUCACGAAAAGAUUUUACAUGACAUUAAUUUAUUGCGCGACAAAGAAACACCAAGUAAUCCCCAGCCCAUACCAGGGAGAACAGAAGUUAAACAAGAGGCCCAUCUGCACAACAGUAAAAGAAAUCUCUGACGUUACAAACACAAGGAACGGCUGAAAGGCCAGACCACUGCUAAGACACUAAAUUUCUUAGAAAUUCUCUUCGAGUGUAUUCAUCAACACACCCAUCAUCACACACACACAUUGACGAACUGUGCUCAUCACAUCACAACAAUGCGCGGUCGUCAUUUGCGUAGGCGUUUCAGCUUACAGCCAUCCUUUAUGAAGGAUGACCAUGCCGAGGAUAAAACCAAACGUGACAAAGUUGGCCGCAAUAAUGCUGUAGACGAUGCCAUUGGUCCGGCAAAUGCUCGCCACAAAAUCGUUGUCAUGGGUGCUGCUAAAGUCGGUAAAACCUCAAUAAUUACACAAUUUUUAUACAACACGUUUACGACCAAAUACAAAAGGACCAUCGAAGAAAUGCAUCAGGGUAACUUUUCAAUAGCGGGUGUUAGUCUCACGCUGGAUAUACUGGAUACGGCUGGAUCAUAUGAGUUCCCUGCCAUGCGAGCUUUGUCUAUCUCAUCGGCGGAUGCUUUCAUUUUGGUCUACGAUGUCACAGAUGCGACGACAUUCGAAGAGGUCCGAAUGAUACGUGACCAAAUACAUGAGACUAAGGCCACAUCAGCUGUCCCUAUUGUGGUGGUGGGUAAUAAAAUAGAUUUAUUAGCCGAGGAUAGUGAUCUCAGAGAGGUUGAAUAUGCCACCACAGAAUCGGUUGUGACAGUAGACUGGGAAAAUGGUUUCGUAGAAGUCUCAGCAGCGAGAAAUGAGAAUAUAACACAGGUUUUCAAAGAGUUGCUGUCGCAAGCAAAAAUCACCUACAAUUUAAGUCCAGCUUUGCGUCGCCGCCGUCAGUCAUUACCACAGCAAGUGGGCAACAAUGGGCCUGGUACACCGACACACCACAAUCAACCGCCCCAUCACCACCACCAUAAUCAAGCCCAUUCAUCUGCCUCGUCUUCAUCAUCAUCAUCCGCGUAUGCAGCAUCGGCGGCCGCCCAUGCACCAACGGCAGCGCAAUUGCAACACUUGCAGCGGAUACAGGAACGUAGUUUGGGCAGCAAACGUAAUUCCUGUGCAAUUUCCUAAAAAUAUCGACAGCAACAUCUCCAGCAGCACCCAAAUCGGCCGAAAACCAACCAACCAACAACAGCAACAACAAUAUUAAAUUAACAACAACUACAACAGCAAUUGCAAGUGCAUCUAAAAAACGGAAACUGAUACUGAUAAAUAGAAAUAGAAAUAUAUAUAUAUGUAUGUAUGUUAAAUGUAUGUAUAUAUGCGUAUAGUGACAUAAAAUAUUAAUACAUCCAAAGGUUUGUAAAAUGGGUACAUACAGUCGACGAAAUUAGUAUAAGUUCACUUUUCCAAAUGCUUCUUAAUUAAAGCAAUAAGCUUAAAAUGGACCACAUUUAGCUUAAAAUGGACCGAUUCAAGUUCACACGAAAUAAAAUUAUAGGAGAAAAAUCUUAAA